AUGGCUGUAUUUAUUAAAUCCAAGCACAUGGAUCAAUUGCAAAUAAAGCACCCCAAUGUAAAAUUAAGUAUUGAUGAAAAAAAUAGCAAAGUUAUUUUGUCUGGAGACGACAGUAUGUUGGAUCUCAUCAUGCAAUCAAUCCAAUUUUAUUUAAGGGAAAACUUUGCUGAAUUUGAAAUAAAUGAUAAAGAAUUUAGCAAAGAGGAAAUCGAAGUAAUGUCCAUACAAGGUUUUAACGAAAAAAUUAAUCAGGAGUUUGAUCAUAGAGGUAAAUUUGCUUACUUCUCCUCGUCCGAUAAAGGUUUAUUGGUCACGUAUAAAAAAGAAAGUUUGGAAAAACAGUACAUUUUAAAACUUAUAAAAGAAACGCUUACUACAGAUACAAUUCAUUUAGAUACUUUACAGAUCCUUAAGUAUCAGUCCAAACAGUGGCAACAGUAUUACAGUGAUCAGAAAAAAAAAGAACAGUAUUUAAAAUACACCGUUAUCAAAGUUCAUGAAGCCAAUAAUACUCUAUGGCUUGUUGGAACACUUCAAAGCUGCAAGGGAAUGAAAGAUGUAAUGAAAGAUUUUGAAACCACUUCUGCGGGUAAUAAAGUUAACUUAUCGUUUGAUGCGAAGACAAUCGUCUACGCACAAAGGUAUUUAAAAAAACGUGUAAAAGAAAUUCAAGAAAACAUCAAAGAGCUAGGUGCUCACGCUGUCUGGAGAAAUACUAGUGUUGUCGUUGAAGGACUUAGAGACGGCGUUGAUUUUGGAAGUACUGAAGUAACAAAACUGAUGUCUGAAAUUAAUGUUAAAGCCUACAUCCUGAAUUUCUCAUGUAGUUUUGAAUUUUUAAACUCAAAAAAUGGCCAGGAAAUUCUUUAUAAAUGUGAAGAGGCACACCAAUGUCUCCUUGAAGCGUCACCUUCUCAUAAUGUAUUAGAACAUACAUCCCAAGAAAUAAUACAUUCAGAAGAAUGUGUAAAAACUGGUAACAUUGGAAAAUUUGAAAUCUUCAUUAUGCUAAAUAAUCCUAAUGAUCUUCGUGUUGGCUUUUAUCUAAACUUCAUAAAUGAGGAACACUUGAAAAAGCAAAUAAUCCCUCAAGGUUUUAUAGGCGGUAAAAAGGUCUGGAAUUCCAAAGUCAAAGAGUUAAUCAAAGGACAAUGCAGUGUUACAACUAGCGAAGAAAAGGAAGAUGUACUUAUUGCAAAUGUCAUAUGCAGCAAUGAAGAAAAGUCACUACUUCGGUGUUUUAAAGAGGGCUUCACUAAGAUAAUCGAAAAAUGUCCAAAAGCAGUAGCAAUCUCUUUGGAGUCUUUUGAAAGCUUUCGGUUAGACUAUACUCAGACUCUUAAAACUUUAAAACGUGCUAUAAAUGACGUAGAUCAAUUUGAAAAACAUCGACACCUUCCAAAAAUAUACAUGUGCUGCAGGAAUAGAACAAAAGCUGAAGUGACUGCUGAUAGUCUUUUUGAUCCAAUAAAGGGAAAGAACAAAUCAGGUAUUUUAAAUCAAAAGACCAACUUUACAUUUUCACAAAAUGUAACAAUAUCUAAACCCAAGACUAGUAUCCUAAAAACAGUUCAAAAACCACAACCGGCUAUUUCAAUUGCAAGUAAUACAAUAAAGCUCAAGUCAAUUGACAUCAAAGUAGAGUAUGGAGAUAUACUUUGUGAAAAGAGUGACGUACUUGUAACAUCCAUCCAAGCUGAUCUGGACAUGAGUAAAGGCAUGGUGAUUAGUGAGGUCCUUAAAAAAGGAGGACAAGUGAUACAAGAUGAGCUGAAAAAAAAGUAA